UUUCUGACCGCUGGAUACUUUAAGAAAAUAAACUUGUGGAUACCAUAAUUUACGUGCUCAACUCACGUCGAUUCACUCUCCGAAUUUAAGUUCCAGAAUUUUCGAACUCAGAUUCCAAAAUCAGUGACGACUCGGCAACUCGGAUCGGAAUUAAGAAAAAGGUAAGCUUAAGCUCAACCCUUUCAUUUCUUCUGAGUCCUCAAAAGUAACUUGGCAUGGGAGUUGUGACAGUUUCUAGCUCAGCUUCUCGAACCCAUCUUGGAUUAAGCACAAAAUUCUCAACUCAUCGAUCCACACUGAAGAAGCCCUUGAUUGUGGCAUUUAAAGCUGAUAAGCCUAAUAAAACAUCCUUGGUUUCAUCUCACGAACCAAUAAUUUUGCCCAUUGAACCACGCAAGGAGAUUCAGAACAGAGUUAGGAAAGCUAAAAAACCUUCAAAUCGGGUGAAAGCUACAGCUACAGAUGAAGCUUCUACUAGUACCAUGGAAGUGGAUUACAAUGAGGCCGCGGCCAAGCUUGAAAACAUUUUCAAGCUUAGUCCUGCAACGACAGAUGCAGAUGUGGAUGGUGCUGAUAGCUUAAUGAGUAGAGGCCGAAGGAGGAAGAGAAAGGUUAGUGAAGGUGAUGGCAAAACAGGUAAGAACACUAGGGACACUACUGUGGUUAGGAAUCGUACAAGGAAGGAGAGAUUGAGUCUUGAUAAAAGGAUUGCAUUGAAAAGGGCAAAGGAAGAGAACGAGGUUGUUUCCAUUAAAAAGAGAAAAAACAGUUGGAAAGAAAAGAAAAAUGAAGAGAAAGAGGUUGUUUCAGUUAGAAAUAGAAAAGUUGAUGAGACUGAAGAUGAGAAGAUUGAGAAGCUUGUGAGGGAGUAUUCGGCCUCAACUGAUUUGGUCAGCUUGGAUUGGAAGAAAAUGAAGAUACCGCCAGUUCUUCCUUCUACGGAGCAUACUUGGUUGUUCAAGUUAAUGCAACCUUUAAAGGAACUCCUCAAAGUGCAAGAGAAUUUGCAAUCUUCUAUGGGGAGAGAGCCAACGGAGGGUGAAAUAGCUGAAGCAACCAAUAUGAGUGUGGCUGAAGUUAAAAAAAAAAUGGAGGUUGGCCGAGCUGCACGAAACAAGCUCAUUAAGCACAACCUUCGACUUGUAUUGUUUGUAAUGAACAAAUAUUUUCAAGACUUUGCAAAUGGUCCAAAAUUUCAGGACCUCUGUCAGGCUGGAGUGAAGGGACUAAUAACAGCAAUUGAUCGCUUCGAACCAAAAAGAAAAUUCCGGCUUUCCACUUAUGGGCUUUUCUGGAUUAGGCAUGCCAUCAUACGUUCCAUGACAGUCUCAAGCUUUACCCGUGUUUCAUUUGGUCUUGAAUCUGUAAGGGUAGAAAUUCAGAAGGCCAAGCUUCAGUUGAUGUUUGAGCUCAACAGAUUACCAACAGAAGAAGAAAUAGUUGAGAGGGUUGGCAUUUCCCCUGAGAGGUACAACGAAGUAAUGAGGGCCUCAAAACCUGUUUACUCACUUCAUUCAAGGCAUGCAGUUACACAAGAAGAGUUCAUCAACAGUAUUACUGAUGUCGAAGGUGUGGAAGGCAAUGAUCGACGAAAACCCGCGCUUCUCAGGCUUGCUCUUGAUGAUGUGCUUGAUUCUCUAAAGCCUAAGGAGAGCUUGGUGGUCAGACAGAGGUAUGGACUAGACGGUAAAGGCGAUAGAACACUCGGUGAAAUCGCUGGAAACUUGAACAUUUCAAGAGAAAUGGUUAGGAAGCAUGAAGUGAAGGCUCUCAUGAAGCUCAAGCAUCCAGCUAGAGUUGAUUAUCUGCGCCGAUACAUGGUCUAAGCGCAGUCCUUUACAUUACGUGCCUUUCCGAACCAUAUAUCUUUUCAAUGUUUAGAUGACACCGAACGUUAUUUUAUAGCUGUAUAUUGAUGUAGCAUAGCAUAUAUAGUUAACUACAUAUGUAAGCGUAAGGUCAACAAUUUGAAAAUAAAGGAAGAGAGAUUAACUAGUGAAUAUAGAAAUUUUAUUAUACCAUGUAAUUUUGAGAAUGUAGUUAAACUCAUAUUGCAUAACAUGGAUGUAAUAUAACUGUUUCCUCUGUAUAUUUUUUUAUGUUAUACACAGAUAUAUAGAAAAUCUUCUACAUAGACAGAAACAUGUGUGGAUUUUUUCUCAA